AUGUCUUGUUCCUUAUUUACAGAAGGUUCUGUAGAAGUAUAAUUACAUUGCCUACAGAAUUUAUAGAAAGGACAUCUAUUGUAAUCAAAUGAAGGAUAUUUGAUCAUAUCAUCCGGUUCAUGUUCCAAAAAUUUAUAGUCGCAUUUGAGGUUAGACAUCUACUAAAUUAAAGUCAACACAGGAUAGUUAAUCCACAGCAUAAUGAUUNAAUAAUCAAAUCAAACAAAAAAGAUUUCAAUUUAAGCAUUAGGUGAAGAAUAAUUACUGAAGGAUUUAAAAUAAUUAAUUGAAAAGGAAAAAGAAAAAGUCUCAUAAAGUCAAAUAAUUAUAAAUUUGAAAAAUAAGGAUUAGAUAUUCAAAAAGGACAUUCAAUUACAUUUAGAAUCAUUACAAUAAUAUGACCAAUAGGAUAUUUAAUAAUCAUUGGAUAUACUAAAGGAUAUUUCAAGUAUCAAAUUUCUAUUUUUUUUAGUUGAAAAGAAUUUAAUCAUUUAACUUAUUGAUAUGAUCUAAGAAAUGUAAAAAUGUGCAUAAAAGGAUGAAAACUAUUAAAACCAAAUGAAUGUUAUUAAAGAAAUUUAAGAAUUGAUUGAUUAAGCUAAAAAAUAUCAAUGUUAAUUAAAUCUAUUUGAUUCAACUAUUAUGGUUUAUUAGUAACAUGUAGAGAAGAUAGAAUACUUUAAAUAAAAUAUAUAGACUAAAUCCUAAGAUUAAACAGUUAAAUCAGAAUAAUUAAAGUCUCAAUUUUCUAAAUUAUCAAAUAUUUUAAAUGAAUAUGUGAAUACAUUUGAUAAUAAUAGCAUUUAAUUGAAAAAAUAUUGUACAAUUAAAUAAUUAGAGGAUGAAAUAAUAAAAUUAAAAGAAACAAAUACAAUUUUGGAAAAUGAAAGUAAUGCUUUAUAAUGUUAAAUAGAAAAUAAUUUUAUUAGUUCUAAGUAAUAGUAAUUUGAGGAGAAACUCAAAGAAACAAAUGA